UACCUGGCCGCGCGCGGUGGCAUGCGCUGCUGAAUCACUUUCACUUAUGCCGUGCGCUGUGUUGGUUAUACUCCGCGCCCGCGUCUCGCUCGCUCCGCUCGCGUCGUUAACUCUCUCUCUCGUUUCCUCCUCGUCGCCUCUCGGCGUCUCGCUGCCCGUCGGUAAAGGGACACGCGCGCCUUCUCUCCUCUAUACCCACCGAAACGCUGAAGGAGCCUGACAGUAGUGCGCGCCUCGGCACCGCUCUCCGUGGCACAGUUUCGUUCAAUUUUCCGACCGCGUCCGUGCCGUGUCCGUGUGCUGCUCGCCCGUUGACAUCAUCUUCGUCCUCCUUCUGCCAAACGACGUUCUUCUUCUCAUCACGCGUCAAUGAACGUCGCUACAGUUUUCGGAAGUGCGCCCGCUGACAGUAACGUGUAAUCGGCCGUGCGUUAUCGUGAGAUGAGAGUGAUUGUGACGUAAGAAUACUGACAGCAGCAGCAAUCGUCAUCUGCGAUCCGGCAUACCCGGACGACGCGCCACGGGGGAACGACGUAGGCCGUCGUGGGUCGUCCUCAUCGUCGUCGUCGUCGUUGACGACGUUGUUACCACCGCGCGCUCGCGGCGAUACGUCACGUAUGCCGUGUGUGUCUCGCAAAGGCGGCCUCCCCGGCGGUCUCUACCUACCUACUCCAUGUGCCGACGAUAGGGCAGCGGAGGGGAGGGGGCGGGCCCUUCGGGAAAGCAACGAGCCGAGAGGACAACUAGUCGUACGCAGAUAGGCGAGCUGUCAAGUCACUCCGGUCGGCUCCGAAGUCGACUAGAGUCUCUCGUUGAUCACUCGCUCGAUCGCUCGUUCGCUCGUUCGCUCGCUCGCCGGUAUACAUUAGUCAUCCGAAUUAGUGCGGGUUUGUGUUCGCGCUCUCUUCCGCGCCUUCCUCCGUUCGCGAUAAUACAAUCGCGAUUACGUCGCACGUAGACCCGCCGUGUUUGUUGACAGUCGUGCGUUCGUAUACUCGCGGAUUCCUCGUGUCAUCGCUGCCGCAUGUGUUUCCGUCCGUCUGCCAUCAUCCGUGGUGCACGCCGGACGUGGUGUACGCGGAUGGACGUAUUCGUCAUCGCCGUACAACAACGCUGGUCUCGUCGUUCGCAUCGUGCUCAGCGAUAAGUUGGAUUACAGUGCGGACAGGAGAGGAAACGACGGCUUGAAAGGGGGUACCUUGGGGUGUUUGCCGCUCGACUGGAUCCGUUUCGACAGUGGCGAAUGUUCACGCGGAUACAUUCGACGAUUAUUAUCAUGCCUCGGACGUAGUCCCGUCGACUCCGACUUGACAACUUUGUGUAUCCGCGUAUAACGUUUGUUGGUGCGCGAUGGUUUUACUCGGUGAACGUGUGUAAUCCGUGUGUGUGUGCGUGUGUGUGUGCGUGUGCGUGUGUGUGUGCGUGCGUGUGUGCGUGCGUGCGUGCGUGUGUGUGAGAGAGAGAGAAAGAGAGCGUGCUUGUGAUCGAUAUUCUUAUUCGUGCCACAGGGAACCAAAGUCGAGUGUGUGUUCCCUCUUUCCGUACACCCGGAGGAACUCUGUUCCUCUUUACCACGAAUUGUGCCGGCGUUUUCUUUGUUGACGUCGACGUCAUCGUUACCGUCGUCGAGGACGACGUCAACGGGUGCUCCAGGUUACUUUUUGCGAAACAUUAGACAACCGGGGUGCGUUGUUCUCUCGCUGGAGAUCACGCGAUCGCCAAUCACGGAUCGGGAGCGAUGUCUCGCGAACAUGACGAACUGAACGGAACAGAUAGACGCAAAUAUAUCCAGUUGUACACCCAGAUGUAAUUUAUUAAAAUCCCGAAGAAAAUCAGCUUGAUCAGCGGCACGGCGAUAACUCGCAACGUGCCGAGAAAUUCGAUAAAAAGAUUUGAAGAAGAGAAACGUUGAGAAAGGAGAAGAGAGAGAAAAGACGAACUAAUCAAAAGGAACGUUUUGUAUCGUCGCGUCGGCCGCAUCUGAGAGAGAGAGAGGGGGGGGAGGGGCGGGCUUGGCUUAAAUAGCCCCGUUUGAUAUAUGUGCCGAUACGUGAGCACGUCCGUCCGUCGUGCGGUGCUUCUCGCGCAUGGGUGAUAUGUUAUUGGAGAUGGAGCAGCAUUCGGGCCUGAUAUCCCUGAGCAUGUCGCCGUUCCACCUGAGUCCGCAGGGCAGCCCGCAAGCCGCCGGGCAGCAGCCCCCGCAGCAACAGCCGCAGCCGCAUUACGGCUCGUCGGCUUAUAGCAGUUGCGCGCAGAGCUCGCCAUCGCCCAUGUGCCAUCAGCCGCAGUCCCAAUCGCAGCAGCAGCAACAACAGCAACAAAUGUCCGUUCACAAUCAGGCGGCACAGUCGCAGGGUAUGUCCAGUUUCGAGGCCGCCUUCUUCGAUUCCGCCCCUCUCGAGGAUCUUCGGUGCCCCAUGUGCGGUCAUAAGAACAUAUCCAACUAUCAGCUUGGUCUGCAAGGUCUGCUCACGUGUGAGAACUGUAAGAAUUUCUUCAAGCGCAACGGUUCACCGUGUAGCAAUAAAAAGGUCUACACGUGUCUUUUCCCUCAAACGGGGAGUAACGGCGGCGGUGGCAACGGCGGUGGCGGGAAUAGUGGUAACGGAGGUAGUGGCGGCGGCGGUGGCGGCGGUGGCGGUGGCGGCGGCGGCGGUGGUAACUGUGGCGCGUCCUCGGCGCUCGAGAUCUGCGCCAACAAGAAGGUGUAUACGUGUCUGUUCCCGCCAACAGGAGCCGGAAGCGGUAACGGAGCCUGCGGCGGUACAUCCACCAGUCUAGAAGGUAACGGCGGCGGCACCGCCGGAGGUGGUGGUCCAGGCGCGGCUAACGCCACGGUCAGCGGCGGACCGGCCACUGCCACGGGAAGUGGCAACGUCGCCGCCGGUACGGUCCAGACCGGCGGCGGAACCUUGUGCCACCCUGGACUGGGCCAGGUCGGCAUCGUCACCGGUUCGAUACCCUGCCCGUCCGAUUUCCCGGACACUAAGGAUAUCAUCAUCGAGGAACUGUGCCCCGUGUGCGGCGACAAGGUGUCCGGUUAUCACUACGGUUUACUCACCUGUGAGUCCUGUAAAGGAUUCUUCAAGCGCACCGUCCAGAAUAAGAAGGUCUACACGUGCGUCGCUGAGAGGUCCUGUCACAUCGACAAGACGCAGCGGAAACGGUGUCCCUACUGCCGCUUUCAGAAGUGCCUCGAGGUCGGCAUGAAGCUCGAAGCUGUGCGGGCGGAUAGAAUGCGAGGCGGUAGAAACAAAUUCGGGCCCAUGUACAAGAGGGAUAGGGCGCGGAAGCUGCAACUGAUACGUCAACGGCAACUGGCGAUCCAGACGAUACGCGGCAGCCUCGGCGACCCGAACAGCUACUCGACCGCGGUCGCGCCCUUGAUGCACAUCAAGCAGGAGAUCCAAAUACCUCAGGUCUCGAGUCUGACCUCGUCACCGGACUCGAGCCCGUCCCCCGCGACCGUGGCCGCGGGCCUGGUCACAGCGGCGGCAAACUUGCACAAUCUCAACCCGGGUCUGGACAGCAGACUCUGGGCCGCCAACUCAACUACCCCUGGCACGAAGGUCUUUAACUUCGGCGAGCAAUCCGUGCAGCCACACGGCGGUGGAGUGCCGAGCUACGCGUCCAACCCCGUUGUCGCUCUUAAGACACUUAGUCCGAUGAUAAGGGAGUUCCUGUCAUCGAUCGACGACCGCGAGUGGCAAACGUCUCUCUUCGGACUGUUGCAAAGCCAAACGUAUAAUCAGUGUGAAGUGGACUUGUUUGAAUUAAUGUGCAAAGUGCUCGAUCAGAAUUUGUUUUCGCAGGUAGACUGGGCUAGAAAUUCGACGUUCUUCAAAGAUCUCAAGGUUGACGAUCAAAUGAAGUUGCUACAACACUCUUGGUCGGAUAUGUUGGUGCUAGAUCACCUUCAUCACAGGUUACACAAUAAUCUACCUGACGAGACGACACUUCACAAUGGCCAAAAGUUUGAUCUUCUCUGUCUCGGCCUACUCGGAGUUCCUUCCUUGGCCGAAACCUUCAGGGAACUAUCCAAGACACUUCAAGAACUAAAAUUCGACGUUCCCGAAUAUAUAUGCAUGAAAUUCCUAAUGCUGCUGAAUCACGAUGUCCGUGGACUAGUAAACAAGAAACAUGUGCAAGAAGGUCACGAACAGGUUCAACAGGCGCUUAUGGAAUACACGCUAAGCCAUCACCCAUCUGUACUGGAUAAAUUUAAUAAGCUGUUAGCAGUAUUACCGGACAUUCACGAAGUGGCAACCAAGGGAGAAGAGCAUCUUUAUCAGAAACAUUGUAAUGGAGGUGCACCAACGCAAACGCUUCUCAUGGAGAUGCUUCACGCCAAGAGGAAAUGAAACGAUCAGUUUUACUUGGUAAUCUUUGCCAUCGAAUAAGAAAAAAGCCCGUUAUUAUAUACAUACAUAAUACAUAUGUAUAUAUAUAUGUAUGUAUAUAUAUGUAUGUGCGUGUAUGUAUGUAUAUGUGUAUGUAUAUCUCGAAAGUCCUGUUAAUGCCCCUAAUCGUGAGACAGAGUGGACCUCAAAGUACCUAUUAAGAGCUAAAUGCUGCUAAGGUAUCGGACCAAGUAAAGGGGCCCUGGUUCAUGAAAUACCUGUGCAUACAAAUCAAGUAUAGACGUACAUUAUUUUACACACACACACACAUACACACACACACACACACACACACACACACAC